CAUCUCUCGGUGCUUGCCUCGACCACAAACAGAACAAGCUAGGAAAUGUAGAUUUCUGUACAGAAAAGGGCUGCCGCUUCUUUGACGUAUUGAAAAGAAAUUAAAGAAGUUAAUAUGUAUGCCUUUUCUUGGGACCAGCCGAAUCUCAUUUCUUGGUCUCGCGGGAAAGACAGAAACACCAGGACGUCUUGAAAAGAAUAGCCAUAGUUAUUGCCACACAAUUGGCAACGGUUCAUACGGUAACACCUCAACCAUAUUAUUCUUUAUCGUUAGACAAAGGCAUUUUGCCGAUAAUAAUCUCUCUUCGCGAUUCAUUUGUAAAUUUAAUUACAUCGUCUCCAUAGCAAAGAGGGGCAACAAUAUCUUAUCACUUUGUAGAAGCUUGUCGCAUGGCAGUGUAAACAUGGUCAGGACAAGACAACCAUGGAAGGCAUGGAAGACAAGGACAUUGCAACAUUUAAGCUUCUUCUCCAUACUUUUGCAAAGAUGAUAUCGAUUCCCGGAGUUCAUAAAAUGAAACAUGAACUCAAGGGACAUCUCAGUAAGGAUAUUCUACGUCAAGUGAACACGGGUAAAGACUUGGUUGGCUUACUUUAUAACAAUGGUUUCUUGAACGACAACAAAUUGAUGUUUUUUAAAAAAAUUCUGCGUAAUGCAUCACUCCAUGAGUUAGAGGACAUAUUAACAGAAUACGUGGCCAGAAAAAGGGAGAGCAGUGACUUUAUGACCGAAGGAUCAAAACAAUCUGUUGAUAACAGAACUCAGAAUCGACUAGAUGCACUAGAGAAGACGAUACAAAGACAAUUCGUUGCCAUCAACUACAAACAAGAACAGCUUUUUUGCGAAAAUGACGAACUUUCUAGAAAAAGUGUUGCUUUUGACGUCAUCAAUUGCCGUUUAGGCGCAGAGGAAGAAUUACUGCUGGAAAUUUUGGCAAGAAAGAAGAUAAAAGAGAAGGAUUUAAAGAAGUAUGAAAUUCACACUAACGAUGUUUUGGUGCUUAUUUCUGAAAAUGAAAGUCAUCGAUCAAAGCUGAUUGAGGAAAUUGCGGUCAAGGAGGCGGAGUUGAAAAAUCUAGAAAGGGAUUUAAAGAAAGAGAAAGAUAACCGCAAAAAUAGUAUAAUUAGCAUGGUCCUGAGUGAGACAAACAUUGAGAAAUUGUCGCAGGUCAUCACAAAACUUAGGAAAGACAUUUUAAAUGUAGCUAAAGAACGAGAGAGAUUGGAAUACAAACUGCAACAUAUCGAGACAAGACGAGAGAGACAUAAAGAUACACUUAGGAUAAUCAAUCUUGAGCGAAUUGCCAAAGUUAAGGAUAUCUCUGAGAUGGAAAAGAAACUGAUUGAAGCAAAAGAGAGCUAUCUAGACCAGGCAAGGAAAGUGGGUAGCCUAGAGUUAGAGGUAAUGGAGCUCAUGCAUUCGAUGGAAGGAAACGAGGCAGAGGCAAAAGAAACUAAAGACCGCGGGUUGCAAUGUCAGUCAGAAUUCUUAAUGAUGGCAUUUAGGAAUAUUAAUCAAAGAAUAGAGGCAAAAGAAUUUCAUGUUCUGAAGUACGAAGAGAUAGACGAGCUUAAAUCGUUUGUUUUUGGGGAGUCAGGUUCAAGACUUUCUCCUUUACAAUUUAAUUCGCCCAUAUCAGUUGUCUUCAGUAAAGAUAAUGAUGUUUUCAUUCUGGAUCAAGGCAACCGAAGAAUUGUGAUCACCGAUCUAUUGGGUCGUGUGCAGCGUGAGCCUAUACUGCUAGGAGAUAUCUUUGAGGCUGUAGAUAUGAAAAUGAAUCAUAAAGAUCAGUUACUUAUCAUGAGCUGCUCCUUAGUAAAGAUUCUGACCAAUAAAGGGAAUCUCUUGUUUCAGUUUUUACCCGAAGCAGAGCCAAACGAGCCGUUGCCAGAAUUGACUGGAAUUGCUGUCAAUGUUGAUAAUGAUAUAUUCCUUUGCGAUUCGGUUAAUAAAAAGAUCCAGUGUUUCUCGGAAAACGGAACAUUUAAAAGGUUUAUCAGACUAAGAGACACCUUUUACAGCCCGAACAAACUCACCGUAAUAGGAAAAGCCGAAUUGGUCGUUAGUGACGAUAUGGAUAGUGACUUGAAAGUUGUUGACUUGUCAUCUGACAAUGUAACAAGAACAAGGAGGAUUGGAAAUGAAGGUGUUUGCCUUGGAGAAUUUCUCUAUCCAAAUAGAAUGACAGUGGACAGAGACAAUAAUAUAUUGGUAGUUGAUACGGGGAAUCACCGUAUCCAGGUUUUUGAUGCUCACAAACAUGCGAUGACAACUUUUGGGCGACUUGGUUCAAAGCCUGGAUGUCUUGAUACCCCUACCGGAAUCGCUGUGCAUCCGUACGGAAUUGUUGCCGUUGCAGAUAGUAAGAAUAAUAGAGUAGUGUUGUAUAAUUAGAUCAACUUUGUUUUGAAAUGCCGUGUUUUUCUUCUGCUUGCGGACUUCAUUCUAAACGCUACAGCACUUCUCUAAACGAAGGGCUCCUCUGUUAGCUGCUGUCACUAGACACCAUAGGCUUGUGAGUAUUGCCCAAACCCCACUGCUUGCCAGGAACGUAAAGAAUAAAGAAACUGACCACAAAUCAAGCCACUUUUUUACAGCCUUAUGCCCACUCCUCUACUCUUCUCGACACUCCGUGGCUCCUGGUCACUGAGUGCCAUCCUUUGUUGGUGAUAUGCUGGUAUUAGGAUAGCAUCUAAUGGGACUCGUUUCGUAUCAUUAUCCUGGAGGGACAUUCGUGAAUCUGGGUAAGAAUAACGUUAUAAAAGUUUCAAUUUUCUGGUGUCAAGGACCCCGGAACAAUAAAGGGACAAUCGAUGCAUACCUCGAAGUAGAUGACUUGAACUGGGGAUUUUCGAAAAUUGGCUUCGAAUCCUAUGUUCACAAUCACAUUGUCCGAGUGAAAUUUUUUAUGUAUUAUCAGUAGCAAAUCCUGUACAUACCCUUCUAAAAUUUUUCCCAGUCUUCUCUUUUUUUCAAUCAUGGCUCAAGAGCUCUUCUUGCUGAAUUAGCCUGAAAACUAUUUUAAAGUAAAGAAAUAUUAUCAUUACAUUUUACUCUUUCGAUAAAGCCCUUUUUAAAACGUAUUUUGGCAAGUCUUGGAGUGAUUGCACUUUGAAGCAACCAAAUCACAUUUUGAGCUUUUUUAUAUUUUACCUAGUUCUGAAAUGUUAUUUGUCCAUCUAGACAAAACCUAAAAAUAGGAAUGGAGUACCGAAGUGUGACGUCAUCAAAAAUGUAUUUUUAGAAUUUCUGAAUUUUGAUCACCGAAUCUAAAAGAGUGAAACAAAAUACCUCUAAAUGUGCAAAAUCAGGUAGGUAUGUUCAAAAAAUGGGGCGAGAUAUGGCCAAUGAAAGAUUUCAAGUUUGCCAACGGAUUACUGUUAUUGUGGCCUGGUUCAUAAAGUUAUGAACCAAGACCAAAUUACAGAGGUUUGAUGGGGGAAGAGCCUAUGCUUAUGUGGCCAUAUCUCAGCCAAUUUGUAAAACAUUCAAUUGAUUUUGCACCUAGAGUUAUUUCAUAAGCUCUUUUGGGAUAUAUAGUCAAAAUUGGAAAAUUAUUAAAAUAGUGUUUUGGGACGUCAUCACUUCGGUACUCUAUGUCAUUUACAGGGACGUAAACAAGUGGCUAAUUUUGGGGGGUCGUGGAAGGUUAAAAAUUCCAACUUAACCUGAUGAAUUUUUUCUUUCGACCUGUUAAUCUUUUGUACCUACUAAAUUGAUUUUUGGUAAUAGCCUUAUGGCUUAUUGCAGACUUUUAGGUUCUGUAUAAUUACCAACAUUUUACUUAUAAUAGUUAGUCUUAAGCAUAAAAGCACUAAAGAAGAUAAAGGAAAUCUCUAAAUUUUGAUUAACGUAAAACGUAAAUUUAAUCUUUUCGUAAGACGUAAAGCAACAUCAAAGCCAUACCAGUCUAGAUCUUGGAUAUGUUUAGCGAAAAAAAGUAAUAUUUUUUCAAGUCAAUUAACAGCAAUUCUGUUCUUUUUCUGCUUUGCCCAUCUUAAAGCUAUUUGCUGCAGAUCAGCUUUAUACAAAAUAUCUUUUUCACAAUAUAGAAGCUUCAAAGAAUUUACCAUUUCAUCUUUUGUUCUUUAUCGUAGGAAAAUUUUUAAAAUUUUCAAAGGUCUUAAUGUCCUUAGCUUUAUGGAACUGAAAAGGGUGAUCUGAGGGCAAGUGCAUAUGCCCGAUUCGUAAGAUAAAACACUCGUCUUUGAUCAAAUACUUCUGCUGCUUCUUCUUUGAUCAAAGUUUUGUGGCUUCUCAUCACCUUUAUCAAAGUAAUUUGUGAUAAGAUUUAAGGAGGUCUCCAAAGUGCAGGGGGAGCUUAGCAUACACCCGUUAAGAACCGUUGAGAAUUUCUAGCAAUGAAAGAUUUUUAAAAAAUCUCACUUUCAAUUGUUCUGACCAAUACAGGGAAUGAUUUUUCAAAACUUCAA